CGGCCUCGACGACGACCAUUUUCGCCCCUGGUAUGAGCAGCGUAACGUGAAUAGCGGCAGCGAGAGAGCGAGCGAGGAGCGCGCGAGAGAGAGAGUAUAACUGCGAGGGAGAGAGGUGCGGUGCGUUGUUGCGUGAUUGUGCGAGUGCUUGAUUAUAAAGAAUUGCAUACGUCAAAUCCACGACUGGACGCAUUGGCAGCGGCAAAUCUGCGAGAAGAAAGAAGAAGCGAGAGAGAGAGAGAGAGAGAGAGAGAGAGAGAAAGACUGCACUGCAUCGGCUCUCUCAGCGCGUGUGUGUGAGACUGUUCGUGUGUGAGCGAGUGAGAAACUGCAUAGGAACGACGCCUCCAGUCAUCGGACAAAUAAGAGAGAGAGGAAUCUACUCUAUAGAUAUAUAUACACACACACACACACAUAUGAACACACCGAUACAAAGAACGACAAACACGCAUAUACACACGUAGAGGCCCGGCUCGUGAGAGAUUAUAGUGGCGACCACGAAGACGUCGACGACGACGACAACAAUCGAUUCGAGCGGCGACAAGAGUGUCGUGUCCGAGAACAAGAGCGAACAGCAGCAAGUAAAGCAGCCAAGCACUAUGUCGUACAUCCAGGUAGCCGAGGACGAAGGCGAGGAGCCUAUAGAAUUGCCGACCGAGGACGACAGCACACUGCUGUUGACGACCCUCUCGGCCCAGUUCCCGGGCACAUGCGGUCUCAAGUACCGCAACCCCGAGUCCCGGGCGAUGCGCGGUGUCCGCCUCGUCGAGGGCAGACUUCACCCGCCCGAGAACGGCUGGGGCAAGGCGGUCUAUUUCUGCGUCUUUCCCAAAGAAAACAAACGCAAAUCCGAUGACAAUUUGGAAAACUCGACUGCUAAGACAAAGCGCAUGGAGACAAAGCUACGAUGCACUGACUUGAUUGUACUUGGUUUGCCAUGGAAGACGACCGAACAGAAUCUGAGAGAAUACUUCGAGACCUUCGGUGAAGUUUUAAUGGCUCAGGUGAAGAAAGACGCAAAAUCCGGCCAGAGCAAGGGAUUCGGUUUCAUUAGAUUCGGAAGCUACGAGUCUCAGCUGAGGUGUCUCGCCCAACGCCACAUGAUCGACGGCAGAUGGUGCGACGUCAAGGUUCCGAACAGCAAGGAGGGCAUGAUUCAGCAAGUGCCGUGCAAGGUGUUCGUGGGCCGUUGCACCGAAGACCUGACUGCCGACGAUCUGCGCGACUACUUCAGCAAGUUCGGCGAGGUGACGGACGUCUUCAUCCCGAAGCCCUUCCGCGCCUUCUCGUUCGUGACGUUCCUCGACCCGGAGGUCGCCCAGUCGCUCUGCGGCGAGGAUCACAUAAUCAAGGGCGUCUCCGUGCACGUGUCCAACGCAGCACCCAAGUCCGAGGGCAACAACCGCACCAACUUUAACAAUCAGAUAAACUCGAACAUGAGGGCGCGCGGAAUGUCAGGAGGCCCGAUCGACAAUAACAUGCAGGGAAAUUACCAAGGUAACAGGUACAUGGGCCACUCGGGCAACAACAUGGGCCCGAACGGCUGGAACAAUCCGGGGAACCGCGGUAACCUCGACAUGCCCAAUCUCCAGGCGCUGGGCAUCACGGGCCAGAACAACGGUGGCGGCCAGGGCGGCGGGAUGUCCAACCCCUUGGCGAUGGGCGGCCUUAAUCUCUCGGCCCUGCCAAUGAAUCCGGCCCUGGUCGCGGCGGCGCUCAACCAGGCCAGCUGGGGCCUCAUCGGCAAUCUCCAGAACCAGGGAAACGACCAGGGCUACAACAACCAGCCCCCACCACCGGGACAGCCACCAUCGGGCAACAACAGCAUCGGCAAUAGUGGCAACUCGGGCUUCCUCAGCUGGAUGAACCAGGGCGGCGGCGGCGGAGGUGGAGGCGGAGGCGACGGCAACAGCGGUAACCCGGGCUCCGGCGGACCCGGCGGCCCCAACAAUCCCAAUGCCUCGCAGGGCACCUGGCAGAAUCAUCCGGGCCAGCGCGAGCCCAAGUCGAAUUUUCUUAAGUACGAGUAAAUUCCGCCGGGACUCUGAGUCUACUCGUAAAAGACGGGCCCGUUCCCUGAGUCCCGACGUUAACAUCAUCAUAGACACGGGUGCUUGCAAUGCCGCCUCCGCGGCUAAGCCUGCUGCAGCAGCUGCUGCUGCUGCUGCUGCUGCUGCUGCUGGUAAGGCAGCCGGCGAGGAGAAGCACAACGGCAACUAGCGUUGAGUCGUCUCCUCGUCGCGCAGCUCCGCUACUCUCUAGCUCGAUAGGUUUUUACACUCAUUCUAACUGCACCCUUAUUUUUUCAGGAGAUUUUCAAAUUUUACUCGGCUUUGCCGAGUCGUCGGAGAGCGAGGCUCGAGUCGCUGUAUCGUAUUCAUUUUUAUUCUCUGUAACUCGAUUUUAGCUUUUGAGUGACCCUAUGAUUGUUCAUUUCGGCUGGAGCCUCGCUCUUGCGACCUUUUCGUUUUUUUUUUUUUUUUUUUUGUUUGACAUUAGUGGGCUAGAGAGAAGCGCCGCGAGAACCCGUGGAUCUAUGACACACUGACACGAUCACACACACACAGACACUGCUACUACUACUACUACUAUUACUACUACUACUACUACUACACACACAAUUUUAUUCAACUCCUGAGCUCACAUCGUAAUUGUAUAAAGAAAAAUACACGACACUCUCUCUCUUGUAUUGUUUGACAUUGGCUUUUGACAAAUUUACUGCAGCACAAUUUCUCUUGGACGACGUAGAGUGAAAAAUAAAAAAAAAAUAGUUUAUCAAUCAUAUACGAAACGUUGAUACGUAACGAUUAGUAACGAAUAAUGUGCAAGCAAAAGUUUCAAGCGCGGAUGUCGGAAAUUAUUAGGUUUAUUAUUGUAAAAUACGAGCGCUGUGACCGAUUUAACCAUUAUACGAAUCCAUGAAAAAUAAGACGAGAUAAUUCAUACAAAAUAUGAAAAAGUGGAUAAACCUAAUGCCUGGAACUAAUAGUAAUAAUGAUUAUGCUGAUAAUAUUGUACGGUUAAAAUGACAAAUUUAUGAAUGUGCAUAGUCGUCGGAGGCGCGCGCUCCAACGACGAUUCUGAUGUUAUAUUAAAAGAAACUAAGAUGAAAGAAAGAACAAAAUAGCGCAGCGUGUAUACACUUGAUUUUAUUGAAAGUUUAUUGCAGUGUGUUUGAUAUAUUUAAUACUUCAGCUGUAUUUGUGGAUAGUUAUUUAUUGAAAGAAAUAAAAAAAGAUACUAUAUAGACGAGACUAUAUAGGUGAAUGAAUUGUAAACGCAGAUAGCUUAUUAUGGAAUAAUUGCUGAUAAAUUUUUUAGAGAGAAUAGAGAGGUAAUGUAAUAAAUAAAGAGAGAGAGAGAGAGAAAAAAAAGAAAAAUCGCGGUUUUAGGAGAGAAAACUAAAGACAAAGUCAAAGAGAAAAAGAACGAGCGAUUGAGUGAGCGUGAAUUUUGAUUAAACAGAGAGAGAGAGAGAGAGAGAGAGAGCGCUAGAAAGAGGGAUGAAACAAUGACACGAAAAUACGAAGAGUGAGAGAAAACGGAGAGAUUUGCAACUCAAGUAUGAGAGAAGAUGAGAGUGUGUUGAGAAAAAGAAGAUAUGGCAGAGAAACAACAGAGAGUGGAGAAUGAAACUUUAGAUGUUUAAGUAUACAUAGAUGUAGUUUUCAUCGUUAGUUGGUAACCAUGAGUUUCAUUUAUCAUAUAAAGACAAAAUAAAACAAAGCUGUCGAUCUUUGGUGGGGCUUAAAUCAUAGCAAGAUCUUAUAUUGAUUGAGCAAUUGAUAAAAUUCAUUAUUAAUAAUCAUUAACUUCGCACGUUUGACCGUUUUCAGUGGGUCGAUACAAAUUUGUCCAACUAAUAAUAUUUUAAUAAAUGAAUCUUCAGCAUUUUAUUCUUUUAUUUUUUAAGUCUGUAUAUCGCUUGAUCCUUUCUCAUAGUGUCGUAUAAUAACAAUUAAGAGCAAAGACGAGUGUGCUCUAAUAUUUCACCCUCCAGAUUUAUACGUUCUUGUAGAUGUGAUGUCUUAUUCCGUGAAAGUUCGGUCAGCUUAAUAUAUACACGUAAUAGAGAGGAGGUAUAAAAUAUGAUGAAAUAAUAAAUCACAUAUAUAACACACACACACAUACACAAAGACGUUUGCAAUGUCUUUUCUACUCUAUAAUAUACGCUAUGAAAACUUUACGAGAAAAAUAGAAGUUCACGAUGAGAAAAAUUGUUCUAUAAUAAUCAAUGCACUUUAAAUUACAAAUAUCUAAAAUUCCGCCGUCAUCAAGGCGGAAAACUACGUUGUGUAUGUAUAGGCCUUCGGUAGUCUGAGAACUCGAUAUAGCUCUGAUGACUAAGCAUGAAACAGAAAGAUGAAAACACUUUUACCCAUAAUCGAAAGUCAAGUUAAUAAUGUCCACUGGAUUGGUAGCACAGAUUCGCGUUAAACAAUAAAAUCCAUCCACCUAUUGCAAUAUAAUUAAAUCGACAGAGAACUUUUUCUUCUUCGGCAUUUUUAAUUUUGUAAGAUCUGUUAUACGCUGGCUUCUCGGGAACGUCCUCGGUCGGCGCCUCGUCAUCUAUAAAAUCUCUGCUUCUAGUGUUGUCAAUCCAUCUCUCUUCUUCAAAUUUAUCAAUCGAUUCUUCUGCAACGUUUAGUCAAAUGUUGACGAGCAGGUAGAGGUACCGGCCGAUCGAUCAUGUGUAAGUUCGAGACUCGCGAAUAGACUGAUUUUCCCAGCCAUGAAAAUACACCUGUAUACCAAAAGAAGUCGCGUUUGAUUGAUCCUAUUGAUUUUCUGUCCAAAAUUGCAGUCAAUACACAAAAAUAAAUAAACUGCAGCGAUUGUUUUCUGCCUUCGUGUGCAUCUGGGUGCGUGUGAAAGAAGCUGACGUGGAUAAAAAUGAAAAAAAGUAACGCUUAAAACAAUCUGCCGUAAGAGUCUGAGUGAUUUUGCAAUAAGUUUUCGCGAGUCAAACCAGCUGCACAGAAUGUUUUACACGAUGUGUUAUGCAAAAGAAUAAGAAAGAAUGAGAGCGAGAGAGAGAGAGAAACAUAGAGAGAUCGCUAAGAGAAAGAGAGCUAUGAAUCCCCCGAGAGAAAGAGAGAAAGAAAACAUGAGUACACUUGAUCGCCAUAGUCAAUAAAGAAACAAACGAGACCCUAACGUAAUUAACAGGUCGGCGAGAAGUCUUACACGAUGAAACAUAUAAAUUAUUAAACAAAGGUACGCUAGCAUUUCAAGUUAAAGAGUGAUCGGGUCAAAGGAUACAUAGAUGCGCUCGACAGAGAGAAAGAAAAACGGCGAACGAUUGUCGCGCGCGCGAAUAUGAAUUGAACUUGUUUUUUUUUUCAAAACCGUUGUGUCUAGGAAUAUUUAUUGUGUAACUGUUGUGUAUAUAUAAUAAUAAUAUGAUGAUGAUGAUGAUGAUGAUGACGACGACGAUAACGUUCCGUUGAGUACGAAAAAUUAAUGGAAAAUUGUUGCUCGUGUAUUAUACAUAUAAUGAUUUGUCGUCUCCGCGAAACUCGUUUUAAUAUCGUUACGUAUAUAGAUAUAUGUAAAACGGCGGCGUGUGUGAUGUUGAGUAUAAUAGCAAAAAAAGACACUCGGUUUUUCUUUCUCUCGAGCCGCGUCUUAUAUGCAUCUUCGAGGCUGCACCCUAUAGAAGACUUAGAAACAUUAGUGAUUGGUGUACGAGAGCGAAUAACAAGUCCCUGGGCAAUUACUCUCAGGGCGAUUGGGUGGUUCUUUUGAUACCGCAGAGACUGAAUCGAACUUACAUUGUAAUACCAUUGCAAAGUGCUUCUGUGUGGAUGUGUCCGUGUAAAAAAAGCUCGUCGUGUGCUAAGCAAAGCAAAAGAAAAAAUAAUAACUGAGAAUAACUAUAUACACAUGAAGCAAAUACGAUGACGACUAUAUAAGUAUGUAAGAAAGAUCUGCUCGCAAAAAUGUUAACGUCAGAUUACGCUGAAGAUAUGCAGAUAGAUAAAGAGGAAAAGUAUAGCUAUAUUAAUUAAAAAAAGUGUAGUUGUAUUUGAUAUUAUUGAUGCUCUAUAUCGUAUUAUAAAUAUAUAUUGAAUAAUUGAAUGAAUUGUAGCAAAAGGAGAAAACGAGAGAAGAGAUAAUUGCGCGAGACAUGAUAAAAUGAGAGAAAGGGAGAGAGAGAUAGAGAGAGAGAGAGAGAGAGAGAGAGAGCACGAAAGAGAUAAUGAUCGAUAUAAGCUGAGAUUUGGUGAGUGCAUUGAUGCUGAUACUUUCAUGAGUGUGACACAGUUAUUUGAGGAAAACAAAAAUAACGCGAGAAUAUAAACUAGGAGAGGUGAGACAGAAAAAAAAAUGUGCGUUUGAAUAACACUUUUCCUGUGCUAUUAAUGAAGAGUAUAACAUUAUAUAAUGGAGUUCUUAUGCGAGAGCAGAUGAAUAACGAAUGUUUUGUACACAAACAAAAAUAAUGAACCAGAGAGAAAGAGUUAGUUUGUAAAAAAAAGUAAUAAAAUAAAACGUGACGCAGCCCGAUGAUCAUAGUCAAAGACUUGUUAGCUUAAGACAGAAACUUUAUGGAUCAUUGAAGUCAUUUUACGAGUAUAAUGAAAAAUCCUAUUGAACUCGGUCUCUUCCAAACCGUUUACCAAUAAACGAUAAAAAUCACUUUUUUAACGAAUAAUAUGUAUGAUAUACAAAACAAGGGAAUCCAGUGUUCACCGCUUUCGAGAUUCGAUCUUUAUAAUGCAGUUCUAUGACGUAUUAUUGUACUCUGAGUUUUGCACCUUCAUCCAACAGAUCUAUACGAAUAAUGAUUGAUCCCAUAAAAUGUCAAUAAGCUGGAUUUCCUCUUUAUUAUUAAAGAAACACACGUCCGUACACUCACAAAAGCGCACUGAAUCGCUCGAGAGUUCAGUUGAGUAUUAAAUAGCGCGAAGACUUGCCUUAAGUAUUUUAACCACAUGUCUCUCAUAGAUUAAAGUUAGGAGUGAGAGUAUAGAGCGCGGGAUUAUAAUAACUCGGACGAGAAUAAUAAAUCUUUGUUGAAACGGAGUUAAAAGAAAAAUAAAGCGAUGAAAAAUGUUGCCUUGCAAAGCGAUUUGGAAGUGAUCGUGAGGAAUUUGUAAAUACAGUCGGUGAAUGAUUUUUAAAGUAUAUAAGUUUGAGACGAUGAGGCGAUGUGCGAGAUCCUGUACAGAUCUGUCGUGGAUGAAUACGUAAACAAAAUAAAAAAGAAAUAAUAACGUUGAACAAAGUAAAAAGCUAUGAUAAGCAACAAAAAGAUGCGUGCUGUAUUGUCGAGAAUGUUGUUACGGUUUGUUUGUUUGUUCCUUUUUUGUGUAAGUAAAUGAAAUCGAAUAAACUCAUAAAUAUUAUGAUAUGUGAAGAAAAAAAUAACGUAAUAAACUAAACCAGCUCUUCGAAAGACUGCUCUUGAAUAGUCGAAGAUCUUGCCAUUGUAUAGAAAAAAAAACGAAAAUCGAUAACGUAACAUGACACGCGUGAGUCGAGCAUGUAAAAGUUUCUAUGACACACGCAGCCGAAAGAUCAUCAUACAUUGCGCAAUUUGGGGAUUGAGAGACGAAACUACAUCAAGUCACGCGAGAGAAUAAACGAUAUGGUUGUUUGUGGGAGAGACAAUGAAUGAACCACUAUGGAGAAUCGUUUCUUCGAUUUGUAGAAUCUUCGUAGUCCUGUAAUGUAAAAAGAAAUCUUGUACGACGCACGAAGGGGUGGAGGCUUAAAACAAAUUGUACAUAAAUAAAACGAAUGUCAGGGGAAGGGGAUCGGUUUAACUAAGGAAAUGCGCUUGAAUUUCGAAAAUUAAAUACUAUCAGGAGUCGAGCUCUUCUCUCUCACAAUCUCCACGACGAUAUCCAUUUGCUAUAUAAUACUAAUAAUAAAUAAUAAUAAAGCUAACGAUAAAUUAAUGAAUCUUUGAGUCGUGAUGCAAAAAUGAAAAUUUAGAAUCACCUUGAUGCUGCUGAUGAUGUUCAUUUUGCUACGCACGAGUUCUUUAUGAGGAUUAAAAAAAAAAAUUAAUAAAUCGUAUAACGACACAAACACUCACGUUUAUUAUAAAAAUAUCGACGAGUUGAUAUUUGAUGGUGGAACCAAACUAUAUAAAGACCGUUGCGUGUUUUUCACCGUGUAAUUCGUCGUUCUUCGUAGGCGUCUUUGUAUAUUACGACGACAAAAAAAUAUCUUCAUUGUUCCAGACUGCCGUUGUUUGUUUGUUUCCUUUCUGUUCCCUUUAUCCGCGAGAGCAGAAGUACCAUUGCGCGGAUCCUUAUAAAGAGCAUUUUAGUUUAUUAUCAUCACGAUGAUUCACGAGACGAUUUUUUCCCUUAUAUGUAUAAAUACAUACUUGUAUGCAUAAUAUUACCUUCAUUGAGAUAUACGAUUCUGUUUGUUAAUUGUGCGCAAAAGUCGCAGAGUAUUUAUUAUGAUUUCGCAUGUUCAGUCAAAGGAGCAUAUAAGUUCGGUGUGCAGAGAGUGACCAGGAUGAAGAGAAACGAAUUAUACAAUAUUAACGUGUUUUGAUAAAAUACAAAAAAAAGGAGAAAGAUUGUGUGUUAAAACGACCGGCCGUAAAAGGUGUGUGUCCAACUUCAAGCUGCGAAUCCUUCGAGGUGGAGUGUUCUUAAUUUUUAGUAUAAAUAUACUUUUGAUGUUCUGGAAUAAAUGACAAAAUAAAGUUAUAUAUGCAAUGGA